UUAAAGAAUUGUGCAGAGGAUAAUCGUACGUUUGGCAACGCUGAAAAGUGCAUUUAUAUAUAUAACAGAGCGUCGCUGUUCCCCCAGAAAAGUACGGUGGCCGACAGGGCUUUGUUGGCGUCCAUAAAGCGAAUGGGAAAUUGUCUAAACGUGUUUUGGCGUCACCGCAAUAACGAUGUGUUUAUUAUACAGUAUGCACGUCAGGGUAUAUUACUAAAUACAUUGAUGUUGUGUCUAAAUUGAAGAUUAUGGGCUGCCGGCUGGUGUUGAUCGUGAAGUGGACGUUCUUUACCUCGACCGUAAUCUUCACGUAAAACGGUUCCAGAAGCGUGCCUUGCGUCAUUUAUCCUUCCCGCAACGAGACACAAUUAAUGGCGUUCGGCGUCAAGGAUGGACACCGAGAGAAGCAACUGCAGGCCGCCGACUGGCGCACAAUGUAGCUAGCUAGCUAGCUCAGCGUGCUAAGGGGAGCGGAAAAAAAAGAGGCUUGUUUGGGAUUUGGAGAGGCGCCACUCAAAGGGGUUCGGUGAGUCGGCCUCAGGGGUUCGGCGGAGCCUCCGCCGCGAAGGUCAGGACACACCCGACCCAUCGCGUUAGUAAAAACUUCUCCCUGUCGGCGGAUUAUGGAUACGGAAACAGAAGAAGUCACACUGAUUUGCAGGUUCUUCCAAGAUGGCACCGUAAGAGUCCAACAUCAUGUCCUCAGGUUCCAGAUGGGUGAGGAGCCCCGCUGAAGAUAUGGACCUCAGCAAUGGCGCCUGUGAGGCGGAGACCAUAGUCGCCCUGAGUGACCACCCGUCCACCAGCAACGACGGCAUGUCGGACUUCUCCAACAGCGACAUCUCCCUGCCCGAGGUCUGCAUCUCCACCGACGGCGAGGAGAACGCCAGCUACGAGGUCCAGCAAGCCUACAGGAUAUUCUGCUUUCUGCUGGAGAAGCAGAAAGGCAUCGCCGGCCCCUUUCUCCAUCAGGAAACCCGGGAGCGAGGCGCACGGGGCGUCCGCGGUCUCAAGCAGCUGAUGAGUUUGCAAAUCAUGGAGGAGAAGUUCACGUGCCGGGAGUAUAAGACCAUAACAGAGUUUGUGACGGACUUCAGGCUGAUGCUGGAAAACUGUUACCGUUGCCAUGGCGUGGACCACUGGAUGUCCAAACAGGCUCAAAAGCUGGAAAUCAUGCUCGAGCAGAAGCUCACGCUGCUAUCCAGGACACUUCGAGAGAAGACGACAUUGGCGGUGACUUCAGGAGGACGUUUCGGCGCAGGGGAGGAACGAGCUCCAGGCGGGACGUCCACAAGGAGGCGACUGUCCUCUCGCAGCCUGGCCACAAUCACUGUCGGUGGGCACGAGUCCUUCAUGGUGCAGGCUCUCAGGCUGGAGGAGCAGCAGAAGGCCAAGGAAGAAAGACGACAACGUGAGCUGGAGAAGAAAGAAGCCGGAGAAAUGUCAGCCAAGGCGGUGGAAGAGUGGGAGUAUACCUUGCUGUCCCAGGCGUCCCCCCACCCUGUGGACACCCUCUGGGAGCUCCCUGCCAUCGGGCACUUCCUGUGCCUGGCUCAGACCGCGCUCAACCUCCCUGAGGUUGUCUUUUUCGAGCUGGAGCGCUGCUUGCUGAUGCCCCGCUGUAGCACCCUCCUCUCCAAGAUCAUGUCCUCUCUCCUGUCCCCGUGGCAAAGGAGGCCCACGCUGCACCGCCGACCCGCCCUGCCGUACCGCCGCUGGGAGGCGGAGCUCAGGCUGCGCGUUAAGGGCUGGUAUCGAACAGUCGGCGCCGCCCGCAUUCAGACGGCUCGGGCCGAGCAGCUGGGGCUCUGUCACCAGUUUUUCCGCAACCUGGGGGAGGUGAGCCCCUUGGAGGAGAGGCCCUUUCACCUGCUGCCCUUCUACCAGCGUGUGUGGCUCCUCAAGGGGCUGUGCGAUCACGUGUAUGAGACCCAGAAGGACGUCCAGGAUGCUGUACUGGCCCAGCCCAUACAUGAGUGCAGGGAGUCCAUUUUGGGAUACGACACCAAGGACAACGCCUACAUACAUUUCCCACAUUUCUGCGGGGCGGACUUGAGGAUCUACUGCCAGACCCCCAGCAUGCCUCCUGCUUUCCCCUUCCCUUCAUUGCUGGUGAGAAGGGUGGACAUGCAGGCGAAAAAUCGUGGCGGAUUGAAGGACGAGGAGGACGGGGCUUUAGUGGACUCGGGGGAGACAUUGAGGUGCUUUAAAAGGGAAAAUGGGGACGGAGGGGAACAUGAAGAACAAUUUUGGUCCAUGAAGGAGGAGAAGGUGUGUGAUGCAUGGUCCUCGGAUGAUGACUUAAUUCCUGUUCCGAGUUCAAUAGUGCGGAAAAGACAUUUUAAGGAAGAUACUUUAGAUCAAUCAGUAAACAAAGACGGUUUCUGCUUAGGCCCUGUGCGUGGAAUUAAAACAGAGAGCCAGGAUGCUUGUCUGAAUGUCGGAGAACAUAGCUACACAGGUAGGUCGCCCGCCCGCUCUGUGGACGUCACAUCACCAGCGCCACCCUUCGGAACCAACGCGGAAGUAGAAAGCCCUUUCACACCAACCCCAUUUUUAGAUCGUCACCAAACUAUCGAGUCCAAGCAGCACGGCCCUCAAAACCUCGACAAAGAAGACAGAACACGGUCGAAAAAAAGGAAGUGGAAGAAAAAGACACAGCAAAAUACGAGCCCGUGUCCGGCCCAGGCAAGCGAAUCCGCUCUGCAGGAAAUUACCACGACGAGCCCGAGGAAAGAUAAGAAGAGAAAGCAUAAAGAAGGAAAAAAGCUUGAGUCUGCAAAAAAAAUCAAAGCCGAGCCUUCAGUCGAGCCAUCGUUUAAGUUGGUUUGCACCAGUCUACAAGAGUUGCGAGAGCUGAUCAGCAAAACCGAAGAUGAGCUUGACGAACUGGAGAGUACAAAAAAGAAAUUGGAUCGUUGGUACCAUCGAAGACAAGCUGUGAAGGAACUUCACAGCACUCUCAUCAGACUACGGAAUGAACUCUCACCCUGGGAACCAAAACUUGUUAAGGCUUUUCAAAGAAACAGGCUCCGUUUGAAGAAAGAAUUUGAUGAUUUCAAGAAGCAUCCAGACUAUAGUAACUUUGUGCGAGAGGAGUCUAUGUCGUCUUCCUCCGACUCAUCUUCAGAUGAUGAUGAUGAUGACGGGACCGGUGUUGAGAAUGAAGAGUGUUCGUUGGAUGACUAUCGAGGAUCAGAGGAAGAUCUGGAAUACAUGGUUCCCAGAGGUCUUUGGACUGGGGGGAGCACCAGAGACAUAGUAGCUGAAUCUGUCAGAAAGCCAUCAUCAACUUUUGAGAUCUUCAACCACGAAAAACAUCUGGACAGUUCCCAAAAACUGCAGAGAAUUGCGACUGACAGUUCUUCUGACGUAGACUCUGGUCUAAAGUCCACAUGUGAAAUGAUUUCAUUAAAUCAAUGCAGGGAUUCAAACGUAGAAUUGGCUGCCCAGGCCUCACCAACAUCCAAACUUCAAAUGUUCCACCCUACCAUCGCAUUACCUAAAGGCUACACACCCAUCCCGACCCUCCUUGCUAAGAGCGUAGGAAACAAAGUGACCUUAAUGAAACGGCCUGUUGAUUUCUCAGGUGCUAAGAAACUUAACAGCAAGGGGUGUUCAAACUCCUUGCCUGUGUCUUUAAUGGGGAACGCACAAGUACAAAUUCCUCAAACCACAUCACAACAGACACAAGAAGGAGGGGCAACGAGCCAAACAACAAUGGCGCCUCUAAAAUUUGAUUGGGACAAACCAAUUGUGACUUUAUCACAAACUUUUCUCCAAGGGGUGUCUAAUGCUCCUGAGGGACUGUGUCAUCUUGGCACAAAAGACGUUGGCAAUUCUCUCAAGAUGUCUGUGCAGCCGGUCCUGGACCGUAGAACACAGGAUAAGGUUAUGCAACAGGUGACUUUGCCAUUUGUUCACAAAUCCGAAGAGCAGCAGGGUACUAAGGCAACUGUUUGCAUGUCCACCAAUGUGCCUGGCUUCACCAUUCCGGCCAGGAGAGUCCCUGCUCAGCAGGUGGCUCCUCUGAAAGAUGCCCAGAUAGUGAAGACGCCUUUUCUUUCAGUCCCCCAAAACACAACAAGUUUCCAGGGCACAACAACGUCAAAAACAUCUGUAAGUAUGAAUCAAAGUUCAUCAAUGUGCCCCAAACCUCCAGAAAAUAAACAGGAACUCAAGACAAUGUGCAUCCGUGAUUGUCAAUCAAUCCUCGUAACAACCCGAGGGGGCAACACUGGCAUUGUCAAAGUACAGACGUCGUCUGCCCAGAAUCUGCUUGGCGGUUGGUCCACUAGUCCAGUCAUCACCAUUUCCCCUCAGUUUAAAGCCUUCCUUGCGUCCAAGGCUUCAGAGGCCGCUUCAGUGCCCUCUCAGAGGAACCCUUGCACUACUACCACCACCAUUACCACAGUGGCCAGCCUCUCGGUAGGCCAACCUAAGCACAGUCCUUUACUGUAUAAGUCCUCAACCAUUCCAAAUCCUGAAGUCUCAACACUCACUGGCAGCAUUCCAGUUGCAGAAACAAGAAGUUGGAUUUCAGGAUCUCCCUCCAAUCAAGGUUCAAUACUUUCGGGGUCUCAAUUGGUUGAAAGUACAAUUCAUCCGCUCACACAAGCUAAGCUUAUCAGCCAGCCUCAGUUGAAGUGGCCAGGCUCAGACGAGCAAACCCAAGUUACAAACUGUAUUCUGGUUAAUCCACCCUUGUCGUCUUCUGCUCGAACUGUUCCUAAAGAGACGUCAUCUUGCGCAAACUUUAAUUCAAGAAUGGUAGUGGUCAACCAGCCUGCAGCAACAGCAUCCUCCUCUGCUUUAGUGGGAAGUGUUCCAAAGCAGACCACAACUCUGCGGGGUUUUAACGGACAGCAGCUCACCACAUCAUUGUCAAGUCUGCAGAUGGGACUAAGUCCUGGCGUCAACUCGGAUGUGAUGUCCAAGGGAAAGAACAUCACCCUCCCAACAGGGCUUCAAGUCCAGUUGUCGGGGAUGACAACCACCAUUGGUCAGAACAUUGGUGCUCUGUCACGUAACCCUUCCACCAUCACAGCAAUGUCCAAUGCAAGACCCAACACCCAAAUGGCCCCUUUUUCAAAUUCUGUCACAAGCUCUCCUAGCCGACUUCUCCCCAGUGCUACUCUGACCACAAUCUCUCAAGCCUGUUCUUUAACGUCUACUGCGACUACUAAUCCAGCUGCAGCAAGUCUGGUAGCAGGUCCUGCUCGGUUGUCUUCUAACAUGCAGGGUAAUCCAAAACCAACCACUACUCUCACUCAUCAUUUCCCAAAUGUGCAAAUGAGUAAAGAACCUACCCCUGUCAUGUCGUCCUUUCAAAACGGUCUGAAUAAAACCCCAACAAUUGACAGUACACAGUUCACCAGCCCUGCUACUAAUGUCCAGCAGAGGAUAGUCAUCAACACCUCCAAAGCCCUGGCAGCUGGCACGCAGAUCAUCCUUAAUAACACAUGCUUUGUCGUUCCACCCCAAGGUUUGGGGCCAGGGAGCCAUGUACUUAUCAUCUCCGGCCCUUCUUCCCAAAAAGUGCCUUAUGUUAGCGGUAACAGCAUCGGCCCAGCAGCAGCAGCAACUCCACAACGAGCAAGUCAACCUCCAUCAACCCAUCUUCCGCCCAUUUUGGGAGGGAAACCUUUUUUUGUUCCGGGCAGUAUCGGAACAGCCCAGAACCCUUCAACAACAUUUAGUUCCUCUUUAUCAUCCGUGCUCAACACAUCCCCUCUAGUCGUACCCCACCCUCAAUUUGCCAAAAGCCCAGCCUAUGUGUCCCCUGCUCUUGGGCCUAUUUUUGCUCCGAUCAGGUCGCCCUCUAGUACUCUAUCUCAAGCCGAAUGUUCCACUGCAGUCACCCAAGCUUUGCCCGGGUUACCUUUACCCUUAUCGUCUUUACCAAGCCUGUCUAACAAUUGCGUUCUUCAAAGCACGCUGCAUUUUCAGGACGUUUCAAGCCUCAAUUCAAGCAUACAACCACCGCCUACAGUCUCAGAGGCAUCAGUCAUACAUAAAGUCUUUGCAGGCUCAACAAAGGCCUCGUCCUUAGCGGUCACGGCCACACCAACACUUACCUUACCCCCAUCCGUCGGUUUAGUCACCACUGCUCAACCACUCGCUGUACUCGACACCUUCCCCCAAUCAAACACGUGUACCAGUCUGUUAAAUCCCUCUUUGCAGAAAUCCCCAUUCAGUACGGCUAACAGCGCCCAACCAACAAAGCUUCUCAUCAGUCCCGACGGGGCGAUUCUGAGCCACAUUCUUCCCCGCCAACUGCACACAUGUGACACUACUACUUUACAGCUUUCACAAGCUGACACCAAGUCAAACAAAUGACUCUAAAAUGUCAUUAUUUCUAAACAUUAAGAAGUGUAAAACUGCUAUCAAGUUGUUUGUUUUACUCCGACAAAAAAGUAGGUUUUACUCUCUGGCUACUACUGAGGUUGUCCUUGGAUGGUUGUUUGUUGGUUUGUAUGUUAUGGCCAGUGAUGAGGAGGUGGAAAUGUUCAAUUAAUUAUUUGGAUGCUACAAUUAAAUGUGUGAUUGUUGUUUAUACACUCAGUCUGUUCAUAAGAGUUUGGAAACUACAUUGUAGGAAAUGUAAAUACUAGAUCUGUUGGAUUUGUACUACAUGUUUUGCACUCACUCUUUAUUUAUUUUCUACCACAUAGAGUAUUUUCUACAAAGGUACAUUUUCAUGAAACUAACGUGGAGAUCAAAGCAUGGAAUCAAUAAUAAUAAACAUCUGUCCCCCCUACUUGUUUUUUGGACGGGGGGUUUCUUCGA